GCUCGCAGCAACUGCACUAUCAUUGAGAGGAGAGGCGAACGACAAAGAGGGGUGGGUCCGCAGCGACAGUUGACCUGCACAUGGCCACUCGACCAAGUAUCAAACCCGUAUCGUGGGUUCCGACGUACUGUAUCUCGAGGACCAAAACGGUGUGCCUGCCGUCGGCAGUCAACACUUCUCUUCGCAUCCCGGUCGACCGCCAGCCAAGCUCACCGUAGACCAUACAAUUGGGACCCACGCAGCACAACUUAUUCACAAAAGGGGUCUACAACAACCAAGGGACUGGGCUUUCCCACCCCACCCAGCCAACGCUCCCCACUUAGCGGUCCCCACAUUCCUUCGCCAUGACAGCCCCCAACGGCCGGAAAGACUCAUGCGGUCCCGCAAAACUAUCCCACGUCCUAGAUAGCCUCGCGGGCCACUCAGCAAUGGGCGAACUCGUCCGGCGGAAGGAUUGGGGUGCGACUGCGUUGGGGCCCAUAGAACAAUGGCCACAGUCGCUACUCACGGCAGUCAGUUUCAUGCUGAAUUCCAGUUUUCCGUUUGUGCUGUUUUGGGGGGAUAGUCAUUCUAUACUUUAUAAUGAUAGAUACAUUCCAAUAUUCGGCGGGAAGCAUCCAACACACCUAGGAAGACCCGGCUGCGAGCCCUGGGCCGAAAUCUGGGACGUCAUCAAACCCAUGCUCGACUCAGCCCGCGAGGGCGUCGCCACAUGGUCCGAGGACCAGUUCCUCGAAGUCAACCGGCACGGCUACCUUGAAGAAUGCUACUUCACCUUCUCCUACUCCCCCAUACGCGUCGAAGACGGGUCCGUCGGUGGUAUCAUGACGCCCGUGACAGAGACGACACAGCGCGUGCUGGGCGAGCGGAGACUGAGAUUGCUCAGGGAACUGUCGGCGCAGACAGGAGAUGUGCAGUCGGAGGCCGAAGCGUGCGAUAUCUCCGCAAAGAUGUUCACGGAGCAUUGUACGGAUGUGACGUUUGCGCUUAUCUAUAUGGUGGAUGCGACGGGGAAACGGUUGGAGUUGAAGGGGAAGGCGAAUGUGGAGGAUGAACAUCCGGCGGCGGUUGCGAUGGUGUCGUUGGAGGGGGAUGAAAACCUUGGGUGGCCGGUUGCGGAGGUGAUGAAACAGCGGGCGGCUUUUGAGGUGAAUGGGCUUGGGGAAAAGUUUGGUCGUUUACAUGGCGGCACAUGCGAACAUAUGCCAACUCAAAAUGCAAUCUGCAUGCCUCUUGAAGGGUCAUCCUCACAAGAACCGAUCGGGGUCGUCAUAUUUGGGCUGAACCCGCGUCGGAGACUCGAUGCCGAAUACAAAGGCUUUCUGGAACUGACGACGACACAGCUGACGUCUGCCAUAUUGCGUGGGAAGGGAGUCAUGGAGGAACGGAAGCGCCUGGAAGCGUUGGCCGCUAUGGAUCGGGCGAAAUCCGUGUUCUUCAGGUAUCAUCUCAAAGGCUUUGAGUCGGUCCCAGAGGCGCUCGAACUCACAGUCUUUCUCUGCAGCAACAUCUCCCACGAAUACCGCACACCUCUAACCCUCAUCCUCGGCCCCGUCACCGAACUCCUCAACGACAGCUCGCUAACCCAAUCCCAGCUCGACAAAGUCCGCCUAAUCGAACGCAACGGACAACGGCUCCACAAACUCGUCAACGCCGUACUCGAUUUCUCCAAACUCGAGGCGGGCCGCAUGGACGCUACCUACCGCCCCACGGAUAUCAGCCAGGUCACAGCGAAUGUUGCGUCCAUGUUCCGUAGUGCGAUGGAGAAGGGCGGGCUGACGUACACGGUUGACGCACCGGCGCUGGGCGAGAUGGUGUACAUUGAUGUGGACAUGUGGGAGAAGGUGCUGUUCAACCUCCUGAGCAAUGCGUUCAAAUUCUCGACGAAGGGAGGCGUCAGUAUACGGUUGUACAAGAACAAGACCUCGGUGGUGCUGCAGGUCUCGGACACGGGGUGUGGCGUUCCGCCAGAGGAGGUGCCGCGGUUGUUUGAGCGCUUUCAUCGGUGCGAUACGUCCCACGGGCGGUCAAUGGAAGGCACGGGUAUCGGACUCUCGUUGGUCAACGAGCUCGUGAAACUGCACGGGGGGACCAUCUCCGCCGAAAGCGAGUUGAAUGUGGGUACUACGUUUACAGUAACCAUCCCUCUCGGCAAAGCCCACCUCUCCUCCAAAAACGUCGUCCAUGAGCAUUUCCCGAGCCAAGACGACCCCUUGAAACCAGGCGGGCCAGGAUCCGCCGUGAAAGGCGAGUCCUCCAUCGGCCGCGCCUUCGUGCAGGAAAGUCUCCGCUGGACCAACGCGGACAGCAGCAACAAAACCCCCUCGCUCCCACGCGCCAGCGGGGCGGCCGCCUCCGUAAGCAACAGCGACCUCGCCGCCGACGAGCGAAGCGUCUACUCCGACGAGAUGACCAACGACAAAUCCGGGUCGUCGGAAAACCUCAAGGGCCCCGCGCAGAACGGCAAGUUGGCCCGGAUCGUCCUUGCCGACGACAAUGCGGACAUGCGCGAAUACGUCAGCAGCCUCCUCGCCAAGUUCGCCAUCGUCCACGUCAUGCACGACGGCCUCCAAGCCUACCGCAGCAUCAUGGAUAACCCACCGGACCUGAUCCUCUCCGACGUGAUGAUGCCCAAAAUGGGCGGCUUCGAACUGCUCAAAAAAGUCAAAUCCCACCCCCGCACAAAACAUAUCCCUUUCGUCCUCCUCUCGGCCCGCGCGGGCGAGGAGGCGCAGGUCGAGGGCCUCCAGGCCGGCGCGGACGAUUACCUCGUUAAACCGUUCUCGGCGAAAGAGCUCCGGGCGAGGGUGAAGACGCAGUUGGCGAUGGGAUCGAUGCGCGGGGAGCUGGAGCGGAUGGUGCAGGUGCGCACGAGGGAUUUGAGCGAGUUGACACGGCAGUAUGAGUUGUUGGCUACGACGACGCCGGUGGGGAUCUGUCGGUCGGAUAUUAAUGGGGAUAUUGUGUAUGUGAAUAAGAUGUGGUGGAAGAUGUUGAGGAGAGACCCUGAAAUUGACAGCACCACCGAAUGGAACACCUGGCUUGCCGAGCACAACCGAGAGGUGACAUUAGAACGUCUCGGUCAAACAAUCGUCGACCGCCAACCCCUGCGAAUCGACGUCGACUUCAAAACCCGCGACGGCGAGGUCUUCACCCUCCUCCUCACCAGCGUCUUCGACCCCGGCAACGAACAAUCCGAAGUCGGCGAGAUCAAGAACCCCGGCGGCUUCUACAGCGCGCUAGUAGACGUCUCCGAAGAACGGCGCCUGGAAAAGGAACGCCACAUAACCCUCCAAUCUCUCGCGGAAGAACAACGGCGGCGGGCCGAAGAAGCCGACGAAAACCGCCAACAACAAGAGUUGUUCGUCGACACCAUCUGCCACGAGAUCCGCAACCCGCUCUCCGGAAUCGUCAACAACAACGACCUGCUUAAAAUGAACCUCAAGAAACGCUGGUCCGUCCUCCGCAACGUCGUCUCCGCUGUCACCACCUGGAAAGCCAUGUUCGGGCUCCACACCUCCUCCUCCACCACCGCCCCCGGCCUCAUGCGCACCCCCAGCAACAACCCGCGCGACUUUGAUAUGGCGGGUUUUAUGAAGUACCUGGACGAGCAGGUGAUCCCCGCCUCGCGCACGACGUGGCUGGAGGACCAGGAGGCGAGCGAUGCGAUCGCGAUGUGUACGAGCCAUCAGAGCGUGAUUACGGACGAUGUGUUGUUGUUGAGUAAGAUGAAGCAUAAUAAGGUGUCGGUGAACCCGAUCAUCUGUGCGCCUGAGGUCGUUAUUUCGAGGGUUUUGAAGAUGUUUAGGUAAAGUGCGAUCUGUCUAUUAGGCAGUGAGACGUGACGUCCUCCGGUUGUUGUUCCGCACCGCUGAUUUAUUUUCUCGGAAUCAAUCAUCUCUUUCUCGGUUUGUAGAACGGAACUACAAAAGAAGAAAAUGGAAUGGGACCUCCUCCUCAGCGUCGAAGAUCUCGGCGACGUCAGCGCCGUCUCCUGCCCCCCCAAAACAACCGACCCGCGCCAGAAGGUGCUGAUACCGUUCCGAGACCGCCGCAGCGCCGAUUUGCUGAUCGCGGACCCGGAUAGGAUUGCGCAGAUUA